UCCCUUUUCUAGAGAGAUAGGUUUCAUGUUCGGAUGUUCCUGUAUCAUCGAGUCUUUCGAUUGUUAUGCUCGAUUUUUUUUUGGAUUCGAUUUUGUUUUUAACUUAUCUUGGGCUUUCUAUGGUUUUAUAUUGCUUCCCCCUACAUGAGAUUAGGUUAACGUUGUAAGUUAAUCAUAGCUGUGAUCCAUAGUUUUUAUAUAAUUUUAGGUUUCUGGUUAUGAAUAUGGCACACGGACCGAAUCAAACUCUGUUGUGUGUUUUAACAUGGCUCUAGUUCCUUCUCGGUUUAAUGACAUGAUUAUUAGUAGUCCUAAGGAUCAUACUGCAUAGUUUAAGAUGCUAGACUUUCAUUACAACUGUUGUUUGCUAUACCUGAAUCAUGUUUCAAUGGUGUUUCAUUUGUAUAUUGCAGAGUUCGUGGUUGGACACUCUUUAGUUUCUUUCCGUUAAGGCUGUGAGGCUUAUGAUCGGUGCUACUAACUAACGCCUCUGGCUAACACAUUGACGACUCUGCUCCAAAAUAUGACCCUCUAUGGUUCAUUGCAGUUGUCCCAUGGCCUUGGUCUUUGCAGAAACCAAGGAGUGCCAUUACAAGGAGGCUGGGUAUUAUAUCAAUGGGUCCUCUCUCAUUUGGCGUCCCGUUGGGGCAAUAUGGUUUCAGGAAUAUUUUACUCUCGGAUUACCUUCGUAGGCCUAUUUCUUCGGUACCGUGCAGAGCCACUGCUUUUAGGUGUCAUUCGUUUUAUGCAGGAGUCAAGUUCAUUGAACCUCCUAUCAGAGCUGCCACUAUGGUGCUAACAAAGUCACACGGGUUAAUACAACAAUUCCCUCUUGUAUAUAAGUUGGUUCCAUCUGUUGCUCUUCUUGUUUUCUCCCUGUGGGGUAUAGUGCCUCUUGUUCGCCAAGGAAGAAACCUAUUACUCAAUAAGAAAAAUGAUAACGGAUGGAAAAAGAGUGGAACGUACCGUGUUAUGACCUCGUAUGUUCAACCCCUGCUGUUAUGGUUAGGUGCCCUAUUUAUCUGCAGGGCAUUAGAUCCUGUUGUUCUUCCAACUGAAGCUAGCAAAAUUGUCAAAGAUAGGCUUUUGAAUUUCGUGAGGUCAUUGUCAACAGUACUUGCAUUUGCCUAUUGCAUAUCGAGUCUUAUCCAACAAACACAGAAGCUCUUCUCGGAAACAAGUGACCCAAACGAUGCAAGAAAUAUGGGAUUUCAAUUUGCUGGGAAAGCAGUGUAUUCUGCCGUAUGGGUUGCUGCUGUUGCACUAUUCAUGGAGUUGCUUGGUUUCUCUACACACAAAUGGCUCACUGCUGGAGGUCUUGGGACAGUUUUGAUUACUCUUGCUGGCCGAGAGAUUUUGACAAACUUUCUUUCAAGUGUUAUGAUACACGCAACCAGGCCAUUUGUUCGGAACGAGCGGAUUCAAAUAAAGAUUGAAGGUUAUGAAGUUUCUGGUACUGUGGAGCAAGUUGGUUGGUGGUCACCAACGAUCAUAAGAGGUGACCACCGAGAGGCGAUCCACAUCCCAAACCACAAGUUCACAGUCAAUGUUGUGAGAAACAUUACUCAGAAAACUCAUUGGCGUAUCAAAACCCACCUAGCUAUCAGUUACUUGGACGUUAACAAAAUAAAUACUAUUGUAGCUGACAUGCGGAAAGUAUUGGCCAAGAACCCUCAAGUUGAGCAACAGAAGCUGCACAGAAGGGUAUUCUUGGAGGAUGUCGAUCCAGAAAAUCAAGCUCUUGUGAUACUUAUUUCUUGUUUUGUGAAGACGUCCCAUCGCGAAGAAUACUUAUCUGUAAAGGAAGCUAUAUUGUUGGACCUUCUUAGAGUCAUAAGCCAUCACCGAGCACGUCUAGCUACACCGAUUCGUACAAUCCGAAAGAUGCACACAGCCGCUGAUAUGGAAACUGCACCGUUUGGAGAAUCAAUGUACGGUCCUGGAGGUGUUGCUUCUAAGCGUUCUUCGGUGGUGAUCGAACCCUCGUACAAGAUAUAUGGGGAAGACAAAUCGAAAUCUCAGAAACGCGCAUCAAAACCAACGACUGGAGAGCAAGACAAAGUUUCCAGUCCAAAGUCCAAAGAAACGCCUUCUUCAGACUCAAAGGUGGUUUCUGAUACCAACAAGGUACCUGAUGAAACAGUAGUAAAGCCAGGAACCAAACCGGUCUCUAAACCAAAGAGUACAGCAGGAGUGUCGGGAGAUGAGAAACCAAAGACCAAGAGAAGUGGCAACACAACAAAGUCGUCGUCACCAAAGAAGGAAACAGAUGGUUCAACUUCAUCAGUAUCUAGAUCAGCUGUGGAAGAGAAUUUAGUACUGGGCGUUGCACUAGAGGGGUCAAAGAGAACACUUCCAAUAGAUGAAGAAGAGAUUCGAUCUUCCACCAAGGAAGCAGAUGCUAAAGAACUGACCGGUGCUUCACGUAGAUCUGGAAAGAGGCCGCUGGUGACUGAUAAGGAAAAUAAAGAUGGCCAGUCUCAAACUGAUGCUUCAUCUACUGAACUCUGAGAUGGAAAGAAGAUUGUUUUUUUUUUUUGCAACACUACCAUUUCAAGCAGUUAGUUAUUAACAUGAAAUAAAUGGCUGUAAUGAUCAGUCAUUAUUGCAACGAGUUCGGACAGGGACAAAUACGCCUGGAAGAAAAAAAAAGAAAAUGCAAAACCAAAGGGACGAGAAAAGGUAUUCAUGUCUGACAUAAUGUUGUUUUAAGGAUAGAAUGAAAGUGAAAUAUUCUUGUAUUA